AUGUCAGGAAUAAACGUGAAGAUGGCGGGCCAAACUAUAAACGAUAGGCUCCUUGCCGCUCGACAUAGCAUCGCUGGGCAGGGAUUGGCGAAAUCAGUUUGUAAAGCUACCACCGAAGAAAUGAUUGCACCCAAAAAGAAACACUUAGACUAUCUAGUCCACUGCACAAACGAGCCCAACGUGUCCAUACCGCAGCUGGCGAAUCUCCUGGUGGAGCGCACGCAGAACACCAAUUGGGUAGUGGUGUACAAAGCUCUAAUCACCGUUCAUCAUCUACUAGCGUACGGGAAUGAGAGAUUCACACAAUACUUAGCGUCGAGUAAUUCGACGUUUCAACUAAGUAAUUUCUUAGACAAAAGCGGGGUGCAAGGUGCGGCCGGGGCCCGGAUCGGCUAUGAUAUGUCUCCGUUCAUCCGGCGCUACGCCAAGUACUUGAAUGAGAAGGCAUUGUCAUACCGGACGGUCGCCUUCGAUUUCUGCAAAGUUAAGAGAGGGAAGGAGGAGGGCUCGCUCCGCAUGAUGAACGCGGAGAAACUGCUGAAGACAUUGCCGGUGCUUCAAGCGCAGCUGGACGCACUGCUAGAGUUCGACUGCACCGCCAACGACCUCACCAACGGAGUCAUAAACAUGUGUUUCAUGCUGCUCUUUAGAGAUCUCAUAAGAUUAUUCGCCUGCUACAAUGACGGCAUCAUCAAUCUGCUGGAGAAAUAUUUCGACAUGAACAAGAAGAACUGCCGCGAGGCUCUCGACCUCUAUAAGAAAUUCCUCAUCAGGAUGGAUAGAGUUGGAGAGUUCUUGAAGGUGGCAGAAAACGUUGGCAUUGACAAAGGUGACAUACCGGACUUGACAAAAGCGCCAAGCAGUCUUCUUGAUGCUUUGGAAGGUCAUCUCGCCACCUUGGAGGGCAAGAAAGGCUCCGCCGCUAAUACACCCACUCAGACAGCCAGCGCGCAGAAGAACGUGGCGAGCGUGAUGGGCGCGUUGUCGUCGACGUCAUCGUCGUUCGGGCACGCGGCCGCGUCCUCGCGCCUCGAGCACAGCGCCGCGCUGCUCAUCGACGAUUCGCUGCGCCAGCAGGCGCUCGCCGACGAGGAGGCCGCCAUGAACCAGUACAAGAAUAAGGUCCAAUCUCCAACAAACUCCGCGGCCAACAACCCAUUCCUGUCGACCGCGCCGGCACAGAACCAGAAUCAAAAUCAAAACCAAAACCAAAACCAGUCCAUCGUGGAUCUAUUUGGUCCGGCGCCAUCGGAUACAACGAGCACUGCAAGCAAAGCUUCAGACGAUCUGCUGUCCCUGGGCAACCCGUUUGCCGACAUGUUUGGUGCGGGCGGGCCGGUGCCCGCGGCCCCCGCAGCCCCGGCGGCCGCACCGUGGCCCACCAACGGCUUCGCGAACUUCCCCGCGCAGCCCACUGCGCCCGCCCAGCCCACCUCCAACAACACCUUUGUGUCUGAAGCUAACUUCUCUAACGUAUUCAAUAACACCACUGACUCCGCAGCUGCCGCAAACCCGUUCAUGGGUAUGGGAGACCCUACACACCCUAUGACGGCCUCCCCGGCCCGUCCCCCUCCUCCGAACCCCCCUCAGCCCAAGUCUGCCUUCGAUGAACUUGAAGAUGUGAUGAGAAUGUCUCUGGGAGGCUCUCCGGCGAAACAAACCCAGCCGAUAACUCAACAACCAGUUGCUCAGCCCUUUGGUGACAUGAUGGCAAUGCCAAUGUCCCAGCCGAUGAUGUUCGGAUCUCCAGCCCGUCAACCGAUGAUGCCGAUGGCAAUGGGUCAACAACAACAACAGCAACCCGGUAAAGUCCUAACAGGUGACCUGGACUCAUCGCUUGCCCAACUGGCCAAUAAUUUGACCAUCAAUAAAACCGCUGCUGCUCAGAAACCCAUGCAGUGGUCGUCACCAAAGAACGCGUCGAAGCCCGGCGCCGCCUGGAGCCCGCAGCCCAUGCAGGCCACCACCGGCGCCGGCUACAGGCCCAUGGGCCCCGGCAUGGCAUUACCACCAAUGCCCCAUACACUGCCCCAUACAUACCACCCCCCGCAUUAUGUUAUGCAACAACCGGGCAUGGUAAUGGGCAUGAGCCCGGCCCCCAUGAUGCCGAUGGGCGUGAUGCCGCCCAUGAGGCCGCCCGUGCCCCCGCAGCCAACCAACCAGUUCAGCUAA